GCCUAGCAUUUGCCGUCGUUCAUUCGAUCUGAGUACUGAAAGCAUACGAUAGCCCCCACUCGGAUGCUGGAGCCCACCAGAAAUGUUAUAUUUUUCGAAUUUCUAAUAAAAAGUCUGGAUAUAUUUUUUUACUAAAAAGCCCAAAACCCAAAAAGCCAAGCAGGCCGGUGCUAGAACUAAAUUACAGCAGCACAUCCUGGAUAGAAAAAGGAACCGAGUCGCCCGCUUGAUAAAAAAUAUAUAUUUUUUUCGAAACAUAAAAUCCUAAAAUAGUUCGACUUUUGUACCGAGCAGAAGCAACUCCCCACAUCGACCAUAUAUGGAACAUAUUAAGCUGGGCGAGAGGCUCAACAUCCCGAGGAGCGACGGACGCGUGCACCCGGCCGUCUGCACGGCCAAGAACCUGGGGCUGGACUCGAUCACGGGCGAGUGGACAGAGGGAUUCAGUGUUAAGGAGAAGCAGGUGCCCAUUCGCGAGCUAAUCGAGUUCAACCAACAGAUCUUCCAGACCGAGAACUGCGAUCCGGGUCGGUUCAUGCCGACAUCGAGCACAGACAUGGCCUCGAGUCCCAGGCCGACUGCGUCGGGCUCCUUGAUUCCGCGACCGCGCGAUGGCAGUCCGACGGAGGUGCCGCCGGACUCCUAUCGCAGGUCCCCGACCGGAAAUCCGUAUACUGAGCGCUCGCGGAUCGUGGAUCUCCGGGCAUCGUCCAGCAAGAUCGCUACUCGCAGCAGCCUGCCGUCCCCGCCGGGUCGCCGCUUGAUGAAUGGUUCGUCGACGGCGCGGGGACGGCCCUCGGCUGGAAGUGGUGGAGGAGCGUCGCCGACUGGGGGUAGCGGAGGAGCCUCCACUGCCCGGGCCUCGCUGUCCCGCAACACCAACGACGGCUGCAACCCUCAGUCUCAACAGGCUCAGUCGAAGUCCAACAUACGCUGCUCCAGUGUCGUCCGAGAAGUGGAACGCUUGAAAGAGCAGCGCGAGCUGCGCCGGGCAUUCCAGGCCGAGAAGCGCCUUCAGAUGAGCGCUCAGCGGCGCCAGGACCCGGGCAACCCCAACUGGGAGGUCUCCAUGAUGCUGGGAAAGUAUCGCGAGACCAUGACCUUCAAUCCGCUGCGCAGCCUUGACCCCAACGGAGCUGCUAUUCAACAGAUUACGGUGUGCGUGCGAAAGCGCCCGAUGAGCCGGCGGGAGCUAAAGAUGAGAAACGUGGACAUUAUCUCAGUGCCCACCCAUGACUCGCUGAUCGUGCACGAGCUCCGCCACAAGGUGGACCUGACCAAGUUCCUGGAGCACCACCGCUUCCGCUUCGACUACACAUUCGACGAGCAGUGCUCUAACGCCCUGGUGUACGACCACACGGCCCGUCCCCUGAUCCGGACCAUGUUCGAGGGCGGCAACGCCACGUGCUUCGCUUACGGCCAGACCGGCAGCGGCAAGACCCACACCAUGGGCGGCGAAUUUUGCGGCAAGGUGCAGGACUGCCGAGGCGGGAUCUACGCCAUGGCCGCCCGGGACGUCUUCGAGGAGGUGUCGCGGCCAGAGUACCGCCAGAUGGGCGCCAAGAUCACGUGCAGCUUUUUUGAGAUCUACGGCUCGAAGGUGUUCGACCUCCUCCACCCGGGCAAGCCGCUGCUUCGCGUGCUGGAGGACGGGCGCCAGCAGGUGGUAGUAGUGGGGCUAACGGAGAUGCCGGUCACCAAAGUGGAGGACGUCCUGCAUCUGAUUGAGGUCGGCAACCGGGAGCGUACCUCAGGCCAGACCUCGGCCAACGCCAAGUCCUCCCGCUCGCACGCCGUCUUCCAGAUGGCCCUGCACCUGCCCGACUCCUGGGGCCCCUUCGGCAAGUGCUCCUUUGUGGACUUGGCCGGGAACGAGCGCGGCGCAGAUACUCAAUCCGCGGACCGCCAAACCCGGAUUGAGGGCGCCGACAUCAACAGGUCCUUGCUGGCCCUAAAGGAGUGCAUUCGCGCCCUCAGCCGGCAAUGCCACCACUUGCCAUUCCGCGGCUCCAAGCUGACCCAGGUGCUGCGCGACUCCUUUAUCGGCGGCAAGAAAAACCGCACCUGCAUGAUAGCCAUGAUCUCGCCGGCCCUGACCUGCGUGGAGAACACCCUUAACACCCUCCGCUACGCGGACCGCGUCAAGGAACUUGUGGCCAGCAAGGGGGACGACGGCCAGCUCGCCGCAGACGGAGACGACCAGGGAGUAUCUUCAGAGCCGGAGAUAUCCGAGGAAGAGCAGUCCCCAAAGGAGGCCAGCGGCUCCUUUUCGCCAUGCUCCAUGAGCGACCUGGAGCUUAGCCACUCGAUAACGCAGCUGGAGAAAAGCCAGGAGGGCCAAUUCCAAUCCAAGUCAGAGUUGCUGGAUCUGCAGCAGGUGGCCGAGCAGUGCGGAGCCCUGGUGGACUACCUCGAGGAUUUUACGCGCCGCUACCGGGAUAUGGAGACAAAAGACGAGUACCCAGCCUUCCUCCUUUCCGCUUCCACCCACUUCGAUGAGAUGUAUAGCAUGGUGAGCCUCACAAAAAAGAUGGUGGACAACUGCAACAUCCAGAAGGUGCUGCCAGAAACCAUCUUGGAAGAGGACUGCGCUAAGAAACAUCCGGAUUCGGAGGACGGGCCGGACGAGGAGGACAUCGAGGAGGAGCAGGAGCUCGAGAUGCAGAUUUGAGGACUCAUCCCCGCUCGGGCCGCCACCCAGAACCAGCCGUUGUGCCUAUUUAUUUUAUACCUCACUUGUCUCUUUUCUUUUACGAGUUUUGGGACUCAAAUUCCGAUUCAAUAAACAAGCAGUUCAUGAAAAUCAA